UUUUACAAUUUUUAUCUGUGUUGAAUUUCCUGACGUCAAAAGUAAAGAUGGCGUUAAUGGGUGCGCACGGUUGCUAAAUCUUCUCGGGUGUGUUUUCAAUUUUUCUGGGCUUCUAAAUGUUAUAAAAAGAAAAUAAAAUUACUUAAAAAGUGUGGGGUUAUGAGCAGAAUAUUAACGUGUAACUGUUUCCAACAAAAAUUUUAAACUUCGCCAAAUUCCACCCGCUCAAGCAACGAUGAUAAACAACAAAUUCUUUCAGAGUCGCAUAGCAACGCCAAAGAAAUUGUGAUUCUAAACUAUGUAAAUAGAUGAUGUAAUAGAUAAUGGAUGAACAACGGAAACAGACAGUUGUUUGAACACAUUAUUAUGAGAGUUGGUGUUACUACGAGUAUAUUGAAUAAAUGUUCAAAUAAAAGUUACUGUGCAACAAAAUACCAACUUUAUGCUUAUAAGAAUCAUACAAAUGCACAAAUACGAAACGUUUUUCAUCGAACGACUUAAAAACCAGCCAAUCGACUCUGAUUGCACACGAAAGACGCCCACAUUCAUUCCAAAUUGAAGAAAAGCAAAAAAUACAAAUAAAACGAAGAAGAAAAAAAUUAACAAUACCGAAAUAAGCCAAGUGAAUUCGAGCAAUGAAGCAAAGCAAAAAUGUAAAUAAAGCGAACCUCUGAUGUGACGAAACGGUGCAAUACGUAGGCUAAUGAUUGUAAAAUAGCAGAUAUAUUUUAAAAUUAAUAGUAGUAGAAAUAGGGACCCAACAAAUUUCGUUUUGUUUAUAAUUGUUGUGUGAUUACAGUAAGGCGUUGUCCAGCUUUAAGCGGAACUAUAAUAAUCGUAUAUUUAAUGCUACUCAAUUAGAUCAAUUCAAACCUAAUUCAUACAACUAAAGUCAUAAGCAGUAAAAUUUAUUAAUCAAAAAGCAAAGUUACCAGUGCGUAUUGUAAAGAAAACUAGAAUACAAAAUUAUUCAAUAUAUUUCGUAAAAUAAGUACACCUGCGCAAGAGGAGCAUAAACAUCCGAAAAUAAAACGACGUUUGAAAAACUAUAAAAAUUUUGGUCUAUAAAAUGUCAUUAGCCGACAUGGGUACAGCGACGCGCGGUGGCGGUAUGAGCGGAGGUGGUGUUGGUGUUGGCGGCGGCGGUGUGGAUAUUGGCAUUGGAGUGCCAGGCGGACGUAUGACUCACUCGCUGAGCACACCAUCUGGAGUCGAUGGUACACCAUCCACACCACGUCAUCGCGGUGGCAAGAAGCUAACUGUUCGCAUCCAAAUGUUGGACGAUUCGGUGACUAUGUUUCAAGUGCAGGCCAAAGCACUCGGACGUGUUCUGUUCGAGCAGGUGUGUCGACAAUUGAAUCUACUCGAGGCAGAUUACUUUGGGCUGGAGUAUCAGGAAAUCUCAACACACACCAAAUAUUGGCUGGACCUUGAGAAACCUUUAAAUCGACAAGUCGGCCUGUCACUUAUCGAUCCGGUGCUUCGCUUCUGUGUUAAAUUUUACACUCCUGACCCAGCGCAACUCGAGGAGGAGUACACAAGGUAUCUUUUCUGUUUGCAAAUUAAACGAGACUUGGCCAAUGGCAGUUUGCAGUGCAACGACAAUACCGCCGCCCUAAUGGCCAGUUACAUAGUGCAAGCGUCAUGUGGCGAUUAUGUGCCUGAAGAUUAUCCUGAUCAUACAUAUUUGUCAUCAUAUCGCUUUGUACCUCAUCAGGAUGCUUCUAUGCAGCGUAAAAUCAUGGAAAAUCACAAAAAGCAUGUCGGUCAGUCUCCUGCUGAGGCUGAUUUGAAUCUUCUGGAAACGGCCAGACGUUGUGAAUUAUAUGGCAUGAAAAUGCAUCCAGCGAAGGAUGUUGAGGGCGUACCACUCAAUUUAGCAGUCGCUCACAUGGGCAUUGCCGUCUUCCAAAACAUCACACGCAUCAACACCUUCUCGUGGGCGAAAAUACGCAAGAUAUCGUUCAAACGUAAACGGUUCCUGGUGAAACUACAUCCUGAAGGAUAUGGUUAUUAUAAAGAUACUGUGGAGUUCUUCUUUGAGGGGCGUAACGAGUGUAAAAACUUCUGGAAGAAGUGUGUAGAGAAUCAUGGUUUCUUCCGUUGUGCUGCGGUGCAGAAUCAGCCCAGACGAAAGGCGCGCGUUUUGUCGCGUGGCAGUUCCUUCCGUUAUAGUGGCAAAACACAGAAGCAAAUAAUCGAAUUCGUGCGUGAGAAUUAUGUAAAGCGUCAAAACUUCCAAAGGUCACAGUCAUUCCGGCAAGGGCCAUUGAAUGCUAGUAGCCGAAGUCAGUCGCAUACGUAUGUGAACUCCAGCAUUUCAGCCAAUCCCCUUCUCCCAAUUGACACUGCGGACUGGGAUUAUCGCAAUCAAUGCACCGCCUCGACGACGCUUUCUCUGACGAAGAAGGCAGCGGAUACCUUGGAUCGCCGACAAGACAAUCCUACAGACCACACGCGUUCUCAAGUCACAGCAGCCCAGGUGGAGAUCUAUCAGACGAAGAAUUAUGCUCCGGAAUCGCCAACAUUGGCGGCGGAACAGCAACACCACUCGGCAGCGGCUAUGGACCAAAUGAAUUCGAACCGGUCUGUCUCUCCUCAGGGUCCGGGAUCGUGGACUUCGCCCAAUCACAGCAGUCAGCAGCACAGCAGUAUGCGCGCCCAAGAUCAGGCUCGUGCGCAUCAAGGCGAUCACAAUUUAGGUCUGAGCCACUUGUCCCACUUAUACAGCAGCAGCACCCCUCGUCGAGUCUCAGUGGCAUCCCAAGCGUAUGUCCCUGCGUCGCCGCCGCUCAUGCACACCAACAACAGCAACAGCAACACCAUCAACACUAUAACCACCAACACAGUGGGUCUAUCGGUGGAUCUCAGCAGCUCUAUGGAAUUGGAACAGGAGGAGGAUUUGGGGGAGGAGGAGGAGGAAUUAGUCGAGGAGGAAGCGGAUUCGGACUUGACAGCAUCUACCACCAAUCGGGAGAGUAUGGUAUCAGCGGAGCCGGGCCCUGUCCAUCAUCAGCAGCUUCGGUUACAGGAGUCCCAAUCGGAAACUGUCACCCCAGUCCAUUAUAGCAGUACCAAUUAUUCGAUGUCUAAACAGUGUUUGCUUAAUAAUAAUAACUCAACUGAAACUGAUACGGAUAAUAUCAUAUACACAGACAUAAACGACAUUCGACAUUACAAAUAUCCAGACUUUAUGAAUAGUUCCAAAACCGAAAAUAAAAUAUCCAAUUCCGAAAACUUAAAUCUCAAUGAUCGUAACGAUAUUUACGCAACCGUUAAUCGUAAAACUAAAUCCAAAUCGCGAGAGAAACACUUCAGUGAUGAGUUCAUUGAUGAAUCUAUACUGCAGUACGCACUAUCCAAGCAAAUGGGUAUUACGGAUAUGCAAAAGCAUAACGGACAAAUCGAAACGGAUCGUGGGUUUUCAAGUCUUAAUUACCAGUAUCACAAUGACUUGAAUCAUCCGUCUGAUUCGUCAUCCUCUUAUUUUGGAACUGGGUUUGGUACUAAACGCUAUGCUGCGAUCGAGCGUGCCAAACUGACACAUUCCGAAAAUUUUCUAACACCAUCAAUGGACUCCCAGAGCUCUGCAUCGGGUAUAGGUGGUUCGACGACUCGGCGUCAUACGCACUCACUGCCACGUAACUCUGAAUUGUCCGGUGUAGAUUCUGUUGACUCCUACGAUAGUCACUAUAUCACUCAUCAUGCUCACUCGAUUGGCAAUUUGCGUCUAGGCACAAAUAUUCCAAACAGUUAUUUGACGUUCAACGAUAGCAAGCCGAUCAGCUCCGCUGAAGAACACAGCGCUGCAGGUUCGCCCUUGAAUCGUUUUAAAACAUCUUCAGAAAAACUUGAAUUUGAAAUAUCGUCAGGCAACUUGUAUUCCGCUAGACAAUAUAAUAAGGAGGAAUAUGAAGAGGAGAACAUAUACGACCAAGUGGAGAAGGAGCCCUGGUUGAAGAGCAGUUCUUGCAAAGAUCUGUACGAUUUUUCUUCAUUUUAUGAAAGCGAAAAGUCGAAGCCAAUGACUGCUUUCGACAAGGAGUUCCUCUCGUUUAAUCGUAUUGAUUCUCCCGUUACACGUUACGAUGAUUCGAGACACUCAAUGUACAUUACGAAAAACCAUUCCAUUGAUGCCACACAAGACUUUUCCCCAUUACCCAACUCCAAAGUGUAUUCCUCAAGUUACCCUGGCAGCACUUACAAUAGUCAAGAUCAGCAACACAAGCGAGGCUAUGGGCAUCACGUUGACUAUACCGGUUCACAAGACGAUAUCUCGCAGGAUAGUUACGAAUUACUUGAAAAGUAUGACAUCGACUUCUUUGUUGGUCGUCGUCGCUCAGAUGACCAAAUGCGUUCGUGCUCGCUUGAUUCGGGUAACUACAUACCGAGUGACGACGAGUCGGUUUCGGAACAGCAUAAAUAUCGAUCGGCAAUGGAUGUUAAGAGCAAAUCAGCUGUUGAUAUUAUGAAUGAAAUUUGGGACUCAGAAGAUCCACGAUACUUGCCUCGUGAGAAGUUGUCGGUCAAGUCAGACGGUAGCUUUUAUAAAAAAGUCAAAGAGGCUCUCUCACGCACAUCCAGUCAAGAGAGUCGUAGUGAAGUGUUUGAAACGAAAAUUUCGCGUAGUUCGGACUCUAGUAAAAAAUCCCGUGAUAGUUUGUAUCACACUGAUAGCAAGAAAUCACGUGAAACAACCAAAAGUAAGACUUCAGUGGCAUCUAGUCAAGAUUCUAAAGAGUCUCUGGUAGGAGACUGCUUUGGUCGUAAUUAUGAAAUGCCAACCACAACCGGAAAAAAACUAAAACAUUUAAAUAAAAAGGAACAAUACGAAAAGUACCAGCAGUCUAGUCAGGAAUCAAAGAGCGACUAUUACGAUGCCGUAGAAGGUGUUGAAACCGAUAGUCUCUGUGGUCGACCUAAGGUAAAAAGCCAUGAUUGCUUGUUGUCCGACACACAUAGCUCCACAGCGAACAGUUCGUUCUACGACAGCCGUGACACAUAUUCAACGUUUCCAAGCAAUAAAUCACAUAAAACUUCUAAGGUGCAUUCGAUCAGCCUUCAAAAUGUAGAAAUUGAAAGAAAUACCAAAUCAUUUGGAGGUAAAUCACCCGAUGCUGCUUCGGCACCCACAUCAGGUAAAAAAUGCGAGGAAAAAGAAAUUCAAACUAAUGAUUCUAUCGAUCAAACAGCACCAAUUAAAAAGGGAGACACACAGUCGUCCAAAAUUUCUGCUUUCCGACGUCGCUCGGACAGUGAAAAUAUAUUCAGUUUUGACCAGGACCGCAUUGAAUGCAUUCAAAAUUAUACGAAGCAAUGGGAGGUCCGAGGCAAGGACGAGAAACCCAAGCAAAGCCCCGAGUAUCCCUUAACUCCCGAGCUAAUCUCAGAAUUUGAAAAACAACAAGCGCGUGCUGCCAAACAAAAAGUAACGCGUAAAGAAGAAUUGAUGGCUAAAACUCAUUUUGAGGAAUACAAUCCGAUUAUGGCUCCACUAAAUUACGCACACGCUACAGUGGAGCGUACUAAAAGUGAUCCAAAUUCCUUGGCUAAUCGCGCGCGUCUUGGUAGCAACUCACGGCGCCAUGUUUUGAUGCAUCAAAAGUCUAUAGAUCUAACUCCAGCCGAUUCCAGUGAUGAAGAUUACGUUUACAAGCAAAUACCAAGUGCUCCGCCACUGUGCAAAGCACAUGGUAAUUUUGAAAUUCCAAAGUGCUUUGAUGUAGCGCAAGUUCCGGUUGAUAUACCAAAAGCUGGAUUCGAAUUGCCGAAGAGCUUCUUCAGAGAGUACGACAGACGUUUUCCAAAAGUGUUGAAGGACGACAUACCAUAUGUCUUACAUAAGCGACAUGUCAUGAAUGGAACAGCCCCCUCACUCGGGGAAAAGAAACAUACGAAACCCAAGUCGCCAAAAUCACCAAAGUCACCGAAAUCUCCAAAAUCUCCGAAAUCGCCGAAGGCAGAAGCCUCAAAAGUCACCGCAACCUCAGUUAGCCAAGCUGCCGAUUUUUUGCCAGACAUACUUGACAGUUUGUUACCAGCUGAAACCAAAGAAUUUCUUUUUACUCAAAAUAUUGAUCUAUCUAAAGUUGACCCCAUAACUUUGGAGGUAAAUAAGUCCAUACCGACUAUAGAAUUGUCUUCGCCGAAGCGAGAUAUUACAAAACAGAUGGAUCCCUCAUUGUUGGAAAAACUAAAUAAAAAACUCAGUCAAAUAGAGAGUGACUCCGCAACUUCAUCUCGUACAGAGAGUAUCCAACAGCAGAAGAAUAAACUUGAGCAAAAGCAAAUAGAACUUAUCCAGAGCCUUCGCAAAGAGCUACAAGCCAAUACUAGAAAAGUGGUAAAGCCGCGUGUAAUACCAAAAACCAAAAUUUCAAACAAACCUAAGAAAGCCAAAACUCGCAUCACAUCUUUUUCUUCCGAUGAUGAAAGUCUUGAUUCCGAUGAUGUUUUCGGUUCGGCAGAAGCAAUACCCGCUCGACUUGAGUUCUCGCCUCCCCAAUCACGUAAAGAAAUCGAACCAAUAUUACGCAUAGAACAAAGUCGUUUGAUAUCAGCAGCAUGGGGUCGUGGACAGACGAUGAGCUCAACGGAAAUUGAGGGGUCACCACCACAAUGCCGCCGACUUGCUGAACUGGAAAGUCGCUAUCAUACACAAAAACUUGAUCCGCAAUAUGCCAAUACGACAGAGUUGAGACGCAUUUCUGAGCGAUCGAUUUCGAUUCCGUCCUCAGAAGACGAGCCACCACUGCAUGUCCCUCCAAGACGUAUGGAUGAAUGCACAAACGACUAUCAACGCAACGAAAAUAUUCCGUCGCCAAUAUUAGAACACGCAGAGUUUUUCCGAAGCAAUGAUGAUAUUUACGAAACUUGCCAAGAGGAAAAAAUUACCGAAUCUGAUAUUGAUUAUACCCUUAAGAAGAAAUCGUCACCACGUACUGAAGUACCAAAAUCAAAAGCUAAAUUCAUCGAAGAAAUUAUAGACUCCUCAAUAGUGAUGCGGUCCAAAGGUCAUGCUCCAAUACUGUUUGCGCAUGCUCGCCUCAACUUGUCUGAGGGUUCGGUUUCGCUACAACGACAAAAGGCGGCUCAAGAGUCACCAACAACUGAGAGACGUACUAAGAGCCUAGAUACUCCAGUCAUAUCAUUGCACAGACUUCCACCUAUGAACGCAUUUUCAUCUAAAGAUGAUACCGUUGGGUUUGAGGAGGAAGCCGAAAUUUUGGAGGAGAAAUCUCUUGAGCGCGAGCCUGGUGGCCAGCAAGAUGAUGACACUGCCGAUAGUGUGCACUCUUGCGCAGGUUCUAUACCUACACAAACCAGUUAUUAUACUGUAGGAAAGGAUUCUCUAUUCAACACAGUGACCAUUGAUGACGAAGAAAUUCAGUUGUUGGAUCAGCUGAAGUAUAUUGAGAAAAUUGCAUUACAAGGUGUUAAAAUUAAGACAAAGAAAAAAUCAAAGAUGAAACUAAAAAGUGGAGAUCACCUAAUUUUAGACAUACCAAAGUAUCGUUUUACCGAUUGGUCACCAUACAGCUCGGCCAAUAGCUCUCGGAAGACAUCUCCAGGAGUUUCGCGUGCCAGUAGUAUUGAGAGUGCUGGAAAAGGCAAAUUGAAGAUUGGACCGAAAUCGCCAGAGAGUAUCAAAAUCAAGCCAGGAACUUCGCGAAGCCGACCAGAGUCACGUCGCACUAGCAUGGACGAUGUUAAGGUAAAAGAUGGGAAGGGCAAAAAAUCAAGUCCUAAAGAGCGUCCACGUUCGAUUGAAGCUCGUCGUCUAAGUAAGGAUAAAAGCAAAUCACAGGAAGAAACCGAGGCAGAUAUAGCUAAACGAAAAGAACGCCAACAAAAAUUGUACGAGUCCGCUAUGAAGCAGACCAUAACCAUGCUCAGUCCUGUUAAAGAUUCAUUGCCGCCAUUCCCGGCUCCGGAAGACAAAAUUUCAGUAAAGACAGAUGGAGAUAAAAUCAUAAUAGAAACAGAGUUUAAGAGUAAAGCUGAAGACCAUGUUUUAAUAGCAAAGUCGCCCCGUAAGUUGGACACGUCUUUGGUGAAAUUUAGUCGCAGCUUCGACGAAGGACGUAGUCCAGACAAGUUAGAUAAAGCAAAUCGCAGUUUUGAAGAUCGAAAUAAAUCAUUUGAAGAGUCGGAAAAAUCAGACGUACCAGAAGACAUGGUUAUUAAAUCUCCCAAAAAAAUCGCCAAAAGCCAUGAGAUUAAACAAAAAAUCGAAGGAAGUGUCGUGCACAAAAAAAUUGAUGGAAAAUCUAGCAGCUUGGAAAAACCUAGUGAACACCAUUAUUUGGGGACGGAUAUAAAGGCAAAGAGCCUCGAUGAUAAGAAGCCAUCAUCAACUGCGGAAGCAAAGAAAGCGGACGACAAAUCUGUCGCUCGGAGCGCUAUUGGGGAUCGACGCAUGUUCGCUCAUCAAUACAAUGUGUACGAAGAUAUAGAUAUGCAGGCAGUUAUUUCGGAAAGGCGAUCAUUAGAGAUUUUAAAAAGGUCUUUGCCCUCCGAAGACACCAAAGACACCGACGGUAUAUACAGUCGUAAACCAUCAACGGCAGAAAGUUUGGAAUCGUUUGUGUCGGCCGAUGAUAGUCAUUCACCAGCAAGCAAGUCUCCAGUUCCGCCAGAAGUGUAUCCACAUCGGGUACCAACCAUUGAAUGCGAAGAACCAUCCAUUGAGGAAGACGAUAACUCUGGAGAACGUCAUUUGAAGGUGUCACGCCAAGAUACAAAUCGAUUAAGUUUGGAUCGUAGUCGUAGCGAUGAAACAGGGUCGUGGAUAACUGUAGAGUGUGAUGAAUUUGUUGGUUCUGACACAUCUGAUAAUGAACCACGUACUUUGGAGCCAGAUCGCAAUAUAUUGGAAACUCAAGCUACUUUGGAGGAUGCCGUGCCAUUAGAGUACUCUAAUUGUGCCACACCUACGUCUGAUUUAAACAUUUUGGUAACACCACCAAAUACAAGCCCAAUGGUAGAGAAAUCUGUUUUGGAGACAUUUGAAAAACAAGCUGAGAAAUCCGAUACUAAAAAGAAACACAGCUUGGACAAGCAAAGCGACAAAUCAAAAAGUUCUGAUUCGUGGACAAGUGGGGAAAAAGAUGUUAGCCCUCAUCGUGGUGAACAUCAUCACGAUUGGAGUUUAUCAGUAAGUGGUGGAAAGGAAAAAAGUUCCAUGGACGAAGAGUCAAGUGUAAGCUGCUCAAUCGCAAGACCGUUAGGAAUUUCUCAAGAUUUUGGAGAUGUAGAAGAGAGAAAAUGUCUUGAACUUAAACAACGAAUGCUUAAAUUGGAUGUUGGCAACGGAGGCGAAACAGAAGGGGUUGCAUCAACAAAAACAAGUCCAACGGGUGAAAAUGAAGCAACACCUACCAAUGAACCAAAAAUUAUAAUAAAGAAACCAACAACGCCAACCCUAGAAAAACAAAGUCCGAUAGAUCUAGGCAUUAGCACCGAAACUUUUCUAGAUCCAAUAGACGAAAAGUUAACAAAACUUUUACAACGAAAUGAAGAUAGUGAAUCUAGUUCGGGGGCCUCUAAAAAACCGCCAAAAAUUGAGAAACCCGCACGUGCUAAUGCUGGUAAAAAGUUAGCGGUAGUCAGAAGUGAUGGGACUGAUAAGCCUGGAAAAUCAGGCAGUAGUUCACAGGAAUCGAAGUCAAGUUUCGAUUCAAAGGGUUCGCUGAGUGUUGAAUCGCGUGGCUCAUUCGAAACCGAAAGUAGCUCGGGUUCAAUGGGCGCAGCCCAGCGAAGAGGAGAAUUGCAACAGAAAGAGCAGCAAACUACAUGGAAGCCGUUCCCCAUUGAAAGUUCAGGAAGCUCAAGUACAGAUGAUCCUUGGCACCAUGUCGAAACUGAUGGGUAUGAGCGAUAUGAUGCCAAUAAUCCACUGCGAGAUUCCUCAGAUAGUGACUUGAAAGAAGUGUCACCGGAUGAACAAAAGGAAAGUGAUACAAGCUUUCAGGAUGAGCUAAAUGACUUUCCAACUACAUUUGGUUACCCAGCUAUGACGAGUUCACUAAGUGGCAUCGGUGUAAAUCCUACAGAUAUUAUUGGUUACAGCACUGGCUUUACUCUGGGACGAACCUUGUCGCGGAUAUCAGAGCGAAGCACAGCGUCUGAAAAAUCCAGUAUGGAAGACGAUGUCAGUAAGGCAUCCACGCACUCUGUGAGUAUGCGCGACGAAUCUGUUGGUUCCACUGAUCAUCAACCUAGCCUGAGUUCAGACUCGAGAAGCAAUACGAAUUUGGCUUACAUCUCGGAUGCAGAUCGACGUACCUCGGCCGAAAUGCCGGAGAUUCCAUGUGAUUCUGCAACUGGCGAUCGACUUUCGAGCAUUGGUAGUUUUAAUGAGCCGAAGUCCCCGAUAGUAGUAACUGGCCGGUUUUCUAUUACCCAGGUCGAAGAGCAACAGGGUGAUGAUGUUGAUAGACACACGCUUAUGUGUCUUUCAAAUGCGGGAAGUCAAGAUUCAGAAGACUGGCCUCUUCCAGAAAUACCUUUCGAUCAUGUGCCAGUGAAGCCUGUCGAAUCUAUCUAUCAAAUGCCCGACUUAGAUAAGCCUGUGCCAAAAACAUUUUGCUGGAAAGCUAGUAAAUCUUUUCAGUCACAAGAUUCACAGGAAUGGCCUUCUCCACCGGCUAGUGCCGUUGAGCCUCCAUUGAUAAUAGAAGACAUUGAAACAUAUUAUGCCACAGAAGCACAAAGUGCUGAUCAAGUAAUGGUGGAAUCCUUCACAGCAACUGAUAAAACAGACGAUGAUAUGCAAUCUCAGGCCGAUGAUAGACUCUCCAAUGAAGACUUUCCAAUUACUCCACCAGAUGUAGCAAAAAUUUUACCUUACGAAGAUACUGCAUAUCUAAUGUCUGCUGCAUUUGAAGAUAAAGAUUUCGGCAACGAAGAUACCCAACAUGAUACGCCGACGUGUUUAAGUUCAACUUUGAGCGCUGCCUCAUGCCUCUCGUCUUCAUUUAAUGUAACUUGCUCGUCCUCGCAAAAAUCAAUCCAAAUCUCCCCGCUUCGCAAAGAUUCUAGUCCCGAUUCGGUGAUUAUAUCACAACCAACGCGGUCACCAACAAUCCGCAGCCCAAUUUCUGAAGAUGAAGUUUUCUCUAAUGACGAUGUAUUCAUGCCUGGCACCGUAAAAAUCCAACCGUCUUCUGAUGAAAGUCGUACAACGGAAUACUUGCGAAAAUUAUCGAGGGGUUCAAAUAACUCUGAUACAUCAAUUGAUGAUAUUUUAUCAACGUCUGGAACAUUCAUGGAAGAUCAGACCACAGUUCGUCGAAAUUAUGAAUCUCGUCUCAGUACAGGCUCAUGUAAAAAAUGCAGUCAUUCUAGUCAUUCUGAGGAGGAGACCAGUUCAAUUGGUACCGAUUUGGAUGGUACGGUGCGCAUGGGCCUGCAACAGAAGAAAUGUACUCACAGUUCCCAUUCGGAAGACACAUCUAUUGGACUGAGUAUUUCUGAGUGGUCCACGGGCACCAACACAGUACGGCAGUACGCGAAUCUUUCCGGAUCAGAUAGUCUUUCGGCAGUAUCAACCCAAUCGUGUGCAAAAAGUGAGAAAUCGAAUCAUACUAAGUCCAGCAUGAGUUCAAUAAAUAAAUCAGCUGAGAGCUUGAAUGAGCAAAGUGGAAGCUUUUCAAAAGGACUGUCAGGCGAUAAUGGUUCCUCUGAUGGCUUACGCUAUGACAUACUCUCAAACUCUGAAACGGAAAAAAUGUCUGAAGCUACUUCGGCGACAAAAAGUGACGAUACAACGUUAACUUUGACGGAAAUGGCGCAUACCAUAACCGAGUGGUCUACAUCCAGUAGUCGAACUUUGGUGGGAGCUCAGCCUGGCGAAAGCCCACAAGAUACCAGAGGUAGCAGACGAAGCAGCUACAUAGACUAUGUGCCGCUUAAACAAACACGUGUGGCAGCGAAAAAAUCUCCCAGUGAGGAGUUGCGCACUAAUAUUCCACAAGUACAUCGAAGAAGUGCUAGUAAUGGCAACAAUGGCCGUAUAAGUUCGGAGGAGGUGGGGCAAAAAGUUACGCCUCCCAAAUUAGGUGAUAAUGGAAGACAAAACUCAUUGUCACGAUUAGCCAGAUUGGAAGAUAAAGACGGCGUUAUGGAGCACACCAGUGCUGCACGAAAGCGGCGUUCAUUGGAAAUGAUGUCGAAACUUUACCAAAGUCAAGAAAUCUCAUCGGAAAGCGAAGCUCCAUUCGUAGAGCGUCUUUAUUCGCCGAGUGAAAAGUUAACAGAACGAUAUCAAAGUCAAGAAUUUGUUCCCCUACAUGCAUCCUCCACACAAGUUCAACAAGCACAAUUUCAAGUAUCACAAAAAUCAAAAGCGCCACAGCCAUCAAUGAAACCCAAAGCACCGCAACCGCCGACAAAACCAAAACCACAAGUGACACGCCCGCUUAUGCAAGCCUUAUUGAAACAUAUGAAAGCUGUUAGUAAAGCUGAGGAAACUUCGGCUUCCGCCUCUGAGGCAUCAACAUCAUCACAGACAAGUGCAUCCGCAAAGACCACACCCCCACCAUUACCCGAUAUGCCGCCUACUAUGUCCUCAAAUGAUCUGCCAAGAGCCCAUUCAGUUGGUCAACUGCCCGAAAAGCCACUUGCAAAGCACCAUAGUUAUGAUGAUAAAACCUUAUCGAAAUCACAAAUACGAGAAUAUAAAACGAAUAAAUUGCGCCAAUCGAACUCUUUUCACGAGCACAUGCUAUCGAAAUCACAGCAGUCAUCGCAAGAAUCGAUGCCACCACGGAUUGACGAAGAGUCGUCGCAGGGGGGAGAAGGUAACGGGGUAUCGUCGGCCACCACAUCAGCUACCAUUUACAGCGAGACGACUACAAGUACGGAAACAUCGUCGCCAAUGUUACCGCAACGUGCAGAAAAGCUCGUUAAAUGUUCACCAUAUUAUUCAAGUAGCCUUAGUUCUGAGUCACCUCCAAACCAACUUAUACAGAAACCACCUCGAAAAUGUUCAAUUACACGUAACACCAUGAUUAAAAGUCCACCGAGCGGCAAUGACACCGACAGCUCUAUGGAUAUACGCACACAAGAUCCAAAACUGCGGAAUAAAGGGUAUCGUAGGAAACGGCAAGUGCCUGCUAAACGGAUGCGUUCGACGGAAAGGGCCUUAAUGGAGCAGGAGAGUUCGGAAUGUUCCGAAGGUUAUUUGCCAGAAAUUGACUCGGGCAGUUCGGAUCCUUCCUAUCGACCGGAAGAUCAGUAUUUGGAAUUCGACGAGGAAUUAGAACAUGAACAAGAAACCGAUGAGUACGACGAUUAUCCGCAAUACUCAGGCGCCGCAUUUGCGGCAUCAAGCACAUUCGAAAGUUUGGACAUGACAGAUAAUGUAGAUGAAAUGGGCUUCCCACGCUACGAUCGUCUGAGCCAUAUUACUAAUCCGAUGUAUCAGCCACAGUUAAUGCAGCCAAUGACAAGUCAAAGUGUUGUUUCGAAGCCGGCACCAGCCAAUCAUCCAAUGCCACCGCCAAAUGGACAGCCAGUGAAACCGGCGCGCACCAAAAAACGCCAGCUAAAGCGUGAAGAGUCCACCACUAGCGAAGUAAUCGGAGAAAAAUCUGCUGAUGCAGAGCAAUAUCACAUGCGUUCAUAUGCUACGCCAGAUGAAAGUGAAGUUGAGAGCAAAGCUGGACUUUCAGAUGACCUGGCAAAUUCAAGCGAGGAAAGUAGCGGAUUUGUGCGGGCCACUGGCACGAUCAGACGUACCACUACUGACAUGCAGGCACAAUAUGGCGGUGAUGUGGAAUUGCCCUAUCCGGAUUUCCUGUCAGACUACGAGAAUGAACCGAUUGAGUAUGAACGCUAUGCAUGUGGAUUGGAUAUUCGAGUUGAUCCGCCGCCCAAGUUUGAUGAUUCGGAUGAUUUAAGCGAUCGCUGAAAGAAUGCAGUUGAACUAAAUAAAGAAAAAAACAUAAAUAUGAAUGAAUUUCCAUAAGUAAAGUUAACUCUACCGUAGUGAAAGGAUAUAACAAUCGUGUAGACGUAAAUGUAUUGUAGUAGAAACACAGUUGUAGGAGGCAUAAUAAUCAAAAGUGGAAGUUGGUAGAAGCGCAAACACAGGAGAAAUAUUGUUGCAUUCAUAAAAGUCGACCCCGAACUUGUUUAUACUUACAAAUAAUAUUGACUAAAUAAUAAAAUUCUCCGAAUCAUCUUAUAUUCAAUUGAGACUGAUUUAUGGUGUGAACUGCUGCAGCCAUUUUGCUUUCGACAAAUCCCCAUAAAGUUUAUAAAAGUAAAAACGAAAUAAUUUUAAAUAUUUACAUACAUAACUAACUAGCAAAAAGAGACAUUUUAAAUCAAAAUCCUUAUUUGCCUGAUUUUAAAAUGACUAAACUUUUUUAACAAUAACACGUAUCGUAGACGUACAUUAGACGUUUUGACGUUUUUGGAAAACGCCAGUAGCCUAAGACAGAAAACAAAAAUUAACAGCGUCUGUUGUAAAUGAAAAGUUGAGAUUAUCCAAUGACUUUAACAAAAUAAUAAAAGCAAAAAAAAUAUAUAAUCAUAUUGAAAAAUGUUACACUUUAAUGCACUGUUUACUCAUCGAAUAAUUAUGAAUCAAAGAAGAAACUCGUGAAAAUUUAAAAAUACACAGAGCGUAGCUGCAUACUUACAUAAAUGCAUACAAAUAUAUAUAAAAAUAUAUAUACAAUUAAUUACACACAAACACUGCAAUGAAAUGCAUAUGCCAAGAAUCAUAAAAUACUAAAAAAAUAUUUUUUUUUUUCAUUCAACAAAAAUAGCGCUUGCCGCCACUGUUAUCGAUUUGAAGUUUUUACAAUAAUAACAAAAUGGCUUUCUGAACGUUAAGGUAUACAAAAAUCAUGCCAACGGCUUGUCAGAGUAAUCGUACUGUUAAUAUUCCAAAUCAUAUUCGUAUUUACUUGGAAGAAAAACUUUUACUUAAACCUUGAGAAAGGAUACUCGAGAGUUCGUUUAACGAAAAUUGUUUAAAUAUUAAAAAAUAUUUUAAAUUCCAACAAAUGUAAGAAAUUAUGUAUCUACAAAUAGUGGCAAAAUUUGUUGUUGUACAAACAAUUGUGAACAUCGCUUCGUCAUUUAUAAUAUCUACUUAGUCAGCCCUAUGACCUAUACUAGGUCUCUUAAAAAGUGCAUGGAAAAGUGUUUUCUUUAAUGUUAUAUGCUAAUUGAAAAGCCAGCGUUUUUUUAACUAAAAAAUAAACACAAUUCAGUCUUAAAACUGCCUUUCGCCCCACAUGACGGCUUGAAUACGACAUCACAUUUUUUUCUUGUUCAGUCCACCCGGGAGCAUAGUAAGGCCUCGACAAGACUCAGUCUUGCGUUGGUUUCGUUAAUCUAUUUUGCUUUCUGGCAGGGUAGGUGAUUAGCCUGCCGCUACCAUAACAUAUUGUUACGUUUUUCUCCAAAUAAACGUCUUUCUAUAACACCUCCCAGUUCGAUCACUGGAUUGCUAAAUAAAAGUCACAAACUAAUGGCAACACAGCUUGCUUGCUCCAUUUAAUUUGAAUGCUUAAACAAUUUACUUCACCUGUGCCUGUUCACACGCUCAGCUUAUGAAUCGUGCAUGCCGCCUAUGUUGACGGUAUCUAUCCUCGGAUAAAAAAACGCUCAACUUGAGACUAAUUAUUUUUUGCGCAUGCACCUCUGUUUAUAGGUAUACACGUGCUUAAUACAUACCGUAAUAUCUAAAUGUGGCAACUUCUGUCUUGUCACCUGAUGUCAAGGCGAAUUCAUGUUCUGGUUUUAGUAUUUCAUUCGCUUGGUUUUUGCGGCCAGCCGGUUCGCGAACUUUCGUGAUUUGUUACAAUAUACACAUUUGUUGUUGUUGUAACAGCAUAAACAUUCCCCAUAAAUGUUUGAAGAAUGCUGUUGGAGUGACUCCCCUUGGCCGUAUAUAAUUCCGGGGUCGUUCCGGUAACAUAAAACGGACUGUCGUGCAAAAAUUCAUUUGAGUUGUGCAAUACUUUUUGAUACCAUGAAUAAUUCUAUAAUAUUGUAUAUUACUUCUCUUAUUAAGUAUUUACAUAGAUAAGCUUUUCCUGCGAUUUGUAGUCUACGCAUUGCUGUUCUACAAAUGUAGGAUUCUUCUGUUUUAAGUUCAAAUUUCACGUGAAAAGGCCGUCAAAAUCCAUACAAAUUGCAUUGCCGUGAAAUAUGCGUGAAAUUUCCUAUGUAUCUCAUGGCAAAGUAGUACUCAGUUCACGCCGUGAAAGCAGCGCCCAACAUGUCAGCAACAUUUGUUCACACCAAUUUAAAAUGCACAUGUCAUUUAAAAUUGAGCGAAAACUGACAGUUCGUUUGCGAGUGAAGUGCCUGAAUUCGGGGACUCCGAAGUUAUGGCAUUUGGAGCGAAACCUCUUCGCAAAGAGUGUUAGUAAAUCUUAUUUAUAUUGUUCGGUGUCUUUUAAUUUUUGUGUCUUUUCACGCUUUUCUUACCAAAAUUUUCUAAACAUCUCUUAAUUUUGACGUUUCUUCUCAGUUGAUAAUCAAUGUUGCUAGCAACAUUACACAGCAAGCCAAAUGCAUGUUGCUGGCGAAAUUUCACGGCUAUGAGGUUAGUGCCGCAUCCGAAAGGUAGACGACUUUUAUGAGUAACCUUUUAUGGCACAGAAAUACUUUCCGGGGGGGCAACCCCUAUUAUAAAGACAGUGGGUGACUACCACGCCGAAGUGGGGAUAUAAUUUUAUAUUUCACUUUGCAGUGAAGAUCUCUAAAAGAUUCGAGAUUAGUUAUUUUCCUAGUAAGUGCGCGGUUUUAACAGUUACUCUUUCAGAAUUAACUCAAUUAUUUAUUCAUGCUUGAGAUGUUACGCGUUUGCGUUUUCGUCAUCAUUUUCUCCAUUCUACCAUCCUUAAACUGUUUUUUAAGAUCCAGUUUUUUUGUUUAUUGCUUAUACUGGUCUAUGAAAUGCUCAACUAACUCACUAUUGAAAGCCUGGAAUAUUUAAUAGUAAUAGGAAAUAGUAAUUUACUAUUAUGGGAACCCCCCUUCGUUUCGUUUCUACCUACCGAUAUUUCGAUUUUCUUUUGAGGUUAGGCGAAUCAAAAGUCUGUUAUGCCCGGAUUUCGUUGUGCCAGUUCUUUUAACGACAUAAUAUGACACUAUGCACAGUGUAACGCAGCAGUCAAAAAUACGCUUAAUAUUAUGUUAAGAUUGAGGUAAGAUUUGUGCUAAUGAAAGUAGCAACUAUUAUAAUUAAAUUAAAAAUAAACGUUUUCUUUCAAAACUCAUAUGGCGGUGGGUAUAUCGAAGCUUCAAAGUCGAAGUCUCUCAAAAAAUCUAUAUUGGCUAGGAAAGUAGUAUUUUAAAUUGCCUUUUUUCGGGGCGUAUUUUGUACAGAAAAAAAUAAUAUAUAAAGAAAAAUUAUGUAUUUCUAAAAGGAAAAACAAAACACAAUAUGUAUAGAACUUAUACGAUCUGGCAAUGCUUAUUUUUCUGUUAACAAUUUUAAGCCAGUGAUGAUAGAUUACCAGGUUUGGCCAUCCGCUUUGGUAAAAUACAAAAUUGAGAUUGUCAAUUCGACUGCCACGCCACCGCAAGGAUGAUAUUAUUACCAGGUUUGCUAUUUAGCUAUGGGAAAAAGAAAAUUGUGAGGGGAACUUUGGCUGCACGUCACUUGCAAGAUUAUGCAGCCGAAUUCCACGCGAUCAUUUCACAUGUAUUCACACCACACACUCGUCCAAUCAAUCGUUGUUCAGUCGACAACAAAGUGCUAUUGGUUGUUUUUUUUCCUUUAUCACCAACGAAAUUUCAGUUUUUUGGAAACACGCCUCAAGUUACGUCUGCCCAUCAGCUGAUUCUGUCAAAUUCGCUCAGAGCCGAAUAAUGAAUGGUUUGUUAAAGAGCUCACCUUUGAAAUCUUUUCCCCAUCAUAAAAACCAUUAUAAACCAACAUUUUGCCAUAGCUUCAAAUCAAAAAUAACAGGUGUUGGUAGGUAGGUAUAGUGGUUGUCGGUUGACACACCUAGGCCUGCUGUAGACUCAUUGUGAUACCACCAGGGCUGCCCCCUCUCCUCACUCUACCUUGUCCUCAUUGAACCAACCUGUGGCUUUAAUAUAUCUAACAAGGCUUGUUAUUUUUAUAUUGGCUUCUUCUAUCCAGAGCCAUGAACCCGCAUAGAAAGUGUUCUAUAAUCUCUUCUUCUUCAAUGUCGUUACAGCUUCGGUAAUAGUCGUUAUAGGGUGCUCCCAGUCUACUGGCAUGCCUGCCAAUCAAACAAUGCCCAGGUGUAGAAUGACACUAUUUGUCAGAAAGAAUGUCAUAAUGAAAACUAGGCACUUAAACAAAAACUUUUUUAACUAGUAAAACCAUGAAAAGUCAGUAAUCGGCUGCGCUAAACUUACAUACAGUUUUUAUGCUUGAACAAUGCGGAAAAUAAUUUUUACUUCACUGAUAUUCAGCUGUAACAAAUAUUAGCAUGAUUCUCUUAAUACACUCCAUGCAAUGACAAAGCCACAAAAUACAAGCAAGAAAUAUUUGCGGUAUCUGCAAAAUUACAACGGCGGCGCGCAUUGUGAGUGGUGCUCUCUUUCGAAUGCCUAUUUCAGUUUGCCUUUCAUGUCAUUUUGCGCUACACGGAGAAUCCCUGUAUUAUUUUCAUUUACGGUAUAGCAAAAGCGGAAUAUUUUAAAAUAUAGCUGUUUAUAUUUUAUUGCGAUUUAUUAACUAACUGUUAUUACCAUUGACAACUGCAACCGGAUCAGAGGUACGUUUAUGAAAAAUUUAGUUACAGAACCAAAUCCAUACCUUCAUCCUUAUAUACAAUCCAUCUAUCCUAACUAAGUUAUAUUCAAAGUUGGCAAUUGAAGCACAAAAACAGUGGAAUAUUCUGACGCUUACUAAUUGGACGAGAAGCUUCACGAGAUGUUCGUAUGUGUACCUAUGUAAAUGCUACUCUUAUGAAAAAAAUUCGCAAAUUUUAAUUUUUCUUACCUGAAUUUCGCAUGGGAAAAAUUGCAAAAAACUAUUACAAUUUUCGAAUAUGUCGCUUAUUCCGAUGUGAAAUUCACGAUAAGGCUGAUUGAUGAUUUUGUUGGCUUAUAUUGUAAAAUAAUGGAUUUAGUUGCAACGUAACGAUAAAAAACCCGUAGAAGAAAACCCCACGUAUAAUUGUGACUUUUUAUGAAAUAUCGUGUAUUUCGGGGCACACUUUCCCUAUUCUACGUAUGAGACUGUGUUUGGUCCAUAGUCAGCAAUAAAUUCAUAAAAAGAAGUAUAGUGUUAAAGGGCUGAAAGAUUUAGAAUAAGAACUUACUUAAGCUUUGAAAUCGAUGAGAUGAUGCUCAAUCUAAGCAUUUGGUGGCGCAAAAUUAAUCACCCUAUCGGAAGAUUUAUAAUUGUUGCAAAUGGCGUGCACGGCAAUCAUAUUUGACACUUGUGAACUGUUACAGCUGCAAAGGUCAAAACA